AUGAAAGAAGUGGAACCUUUUCACAAGCUCUUCACAUUCGCCGACGGUAAAGAUGUUGUUUUGAUGGCCGCCGGGACAAUCUCUGCGGUGGCCAACGGCAUGACUCAGCCGAUCCUCAUUUUGUUGUUCAGCGAGCUCAUCAACGCCUUUGGCUCGGCCAAUCAAGAUCAAAUGCUUAAAACUGUCUCUAAGGUUGCUACGAAGAUUCUGUACCUUGCGGUAUACGCUUGUGUUGCCUCCUUCCUACAGGUCUCAUGCUGGAUGGUGACUGGGGAGCGUCAAUCUGCAAGAAUUCGCACCCUAUACUUGAAGACUAUACUGAGACAAGACAUUGGCUUCUUCGAUACCGAGACAAAUACAGGAGAAGUCAUCGGAAGAAUGUCUGGAGACACCAUUCUGAUUCAAGACGCCAUGGGAGAAAAGGUUGGAAAAUUCAUACAGCUGGUAGCAACAUUCUUGGGUGGAUUUGCGAUUGCGUUUAUAAAGGGCUGGCGACUCACUGUGGUUCUUCUGGCGUGCAUCCCUGUGAUGGUGGUUGCAGGUGGAGCAAUGGCUUUGAUCAUGAGCAAAGUGGCUGGCCAUGUACAAGUAGCUUACGGGGAAGCUGGAAACGUUGUAGAACAAGCUGUUGGGGGCAUUAGAACAGUGGUAGCCUUCACGGGAGAGAAGCAAGCGAUCGAAAAAUACGAGAGGAAGCUCGAGAUUGCCUACAAGACCACGGUUAAGGAGGGGCUGAUCUCGGGUUUAGGCUACGGGGUGAUGCUAGUCGUGAUCUUCUGCAGCUACGGUUUUGCAAUUUGGUACGGUGCCCAGCUUAUAAUCAAGAAAGGAUACAAUCCCGGCCAAGUGAUGAACGUGAUUUUCUCGGUCGUGACGGGGGGAAUCUCGCUGGGGCAGACUUCACCAUGUCUUAAAGCUUUUGCAUCUGGACAAGCCGCGGCUUUUAAAAUGUUCAAGACAAUUAAGAGGAGCCCAACUAUCGAUGUUUAUGACACGAGCGGUGUAGUCUUGGAGGAGAUCAAAGGUGACAUUGAGUUGAAGGACGUGUACUUCCAAUACCCAGCAAGACCUGACGUGCACAUMUUCGCUGGGUUCUCCUUGUUUGUACCGAGCGGCACGACAAUGGCUCUGGUGGGGCAGAGCGGKAGCGGAAAGUCCACAGUGAUCAAUCUGAUCGAAAGGUUUUACGAUCCAGAAUCAGGGGAGGUGCUAAUAGACGGCAUUGAUCUUAAGAAUUUUCAGCUGGCUUGGAUUAGAAGCAAAAUUGGUCUGGUCAGCCAAGAACCUAUACUCUUCGCAACCACCAUAAGAGAAAACAUUGCGUAUGGAAAAGAAGAUGAAACCGAUGAUGAGAUCAUAACCGCGAUUGAGCUCGCUAAUGCUGCAAAGUUCAUCGGAAAUCUCCCUGAGGGUUUAAACACGUUGGUAGGAGAGCAUGGGACACAAUUAUCUGGUGGGCAGAAGCAAAGGCUCGCAAUCGCGCGGGCGAUUCUAAAGAACCCAAAGAUCCUACUUCUAGACGAAGCCACAAGUGYGUUGGAYGCGGAAUCUGAACGUAYUGUUCAGGAGGCGUUGGUGAAUCUAAUGGCUAGACGGACCACUGUGGUGGUGGCUCACCGACUGACUACCAUAAGAACAGCGGACCAGAUAGCUGUAGUGCACUUGGGAAAGAUUGUCGAGAAAGGCACUCACGAGGAGAUGAUUCRAGAUCCAGAGGGAGCAUAUUCACAACUUGUUCGUCUUCAAGAAGGAUCGAAAGAAAGAGCAAGGACAAAAGAAUCAAAGAGAAGUGAGACAAACCUUGACAUUGAUGCUGAGAGGCUCUCUUCGAGCAGUCGCCAUUCCUUGGUUCUCCCGUCAAAUUUCGUUGUACCAGUUGACGUAAAGCAGAAUGGUGAUGAGAGCAAAUCGCUUAGGAACCAGAAGAAAGCGUCCUUGACACGCCUUGCUAGCCUCAACAAAGCAGAGAUUUCGAUUCUACUGCUCGGCUCAGUGGCAGCAAUGGUCCACGGUGCGGUGUUCCCGAUAUUUGGUUUUCUACUGUCUAACUCCAUCAACAUGUUCUUCCAACCUCCAGAUAAAUUGAAGAGAGAUGCACGCUUUUGGACUUUCGUUUACAUCAUGCUUGGUUUGAUCAAUUUGGUGGUGAUUCCAGUCCAGAACUAUUUCUUUGGUGUUGCUGGAGGAAAACUGAUCAAACGCAUCCGGAUGAUGUCCUUCGACAAAAUCUUGCACCAGGAGAUUAGCUGGUUUGACGAUACAGCCAACACUAGAAGUCUUGUUGGCGAUGCACUAGCGUUGAUUGUCCAGAAUUUUGCGACCCUAAUGGCUGGUCUGAUAAUAGCGUUUUCGAAUAACUGGAUGUUAGCUCUCAUUGUCCUUUCUGUCUCACCAGUUAUGUUCAUCCAAGGAUACAUUCAGACAAAGUUUCUCACCGGUUUUAGUGGAGACGCAAAGGUGAUGUAUGAAGAGGCAAGCCAGGUUGCGAAUGAGGCCGUGGGCAGCAUAAGGACGGUAGCAUCUUUCUGCGCGGAGAAAAAAGUGAUGAAGCUAUAUGAAACGAAAUGCGGGGGACCGAAGAAACAGGGUAUCUGGUUAGGAAUCAAGAGCGGUGUGGGUUACGGGUUCUCAUUCUUUGCCCUCUAUUGCAUCAAUGCCAUGUGUUUCUUUAUUGGUGCAUUGUUGAUUCAUAGCGGGAAAGCCACGUUUCAAGAACUCUUUAAUGUUUUCUUUGCACUCACGGUCACAGGCAUAGUGGUGUCUCAGACGAGUGCUAUGGCGCCUGAUACAGCCAAAGCCAAAGACUGUGCAGCUUCGAUUUUUGAUAUCCUUGACAGUAAACCAAAGAUUGACUCGAGUUCUGAUGAGGGGACAACUUUAGCAAACGUGGAUGGCCACUUCGAGUUUCGGCACGUUAGUUUCCGUUACCGGACUCGACCAGACGUUCAGAUUUUCCAUGAUUUUUGUUUGACUAUCCCCUCGGGCAAGACCGUAGCGCUUGUUGGAGAGAGCGGGAGUGGGAAAUCGACUGUGAUAAGCAUGAUAGAGAGAUUCUACGAUCCGGAUUCUGGCAAGAUAUUUCUAGAUCAGGUCGACAUUCAGUCGCUUAAACUGAGCUGGUUAAGGCAACAAAUGGGUCUGGUUAGCCAAGAACCGGUUCUGUUCAACGAGACAAUAAAAUCAAACAUUGCCUAUGGCAAAACCGGAGGAGCUACGGAGGAAGAGAUUAUAGCGGCCGCACAAGCGGCCAAUGCGCACAUCUUCAUCAGCUCGUUGCCUCAAGGGUAUGACACGCCGGUUGGGGAACGCGGGGUUCAGCUGUCGGGUGGCCAAAAACAGCGAAUCGCGAUCGCCCGUGCAAUUCUUAAAGACCCUAAGAUUCUGUUGCUCGACGAGGCAACCAGCGCGCUGGAUGCAGAAUCUGAGCGGGUGGUGCAGGAUGCACUUGACCAGGUGAUGGUGAACCGGACCACAGUUGUGGUGGCCCACCGGCUCGGUACCAUCAAGAACGCAAACGUGAUCGCAGUUGUGAAGAAUGGUGUAAUUGCAGAGAAAGGACCACACGAGACGCUAAUGAAUAUUUCUGGUGGUGCGUAUGCUUCCCUUGUAGCGCUUCACAUGAACGCAAACUAA